AUGCUUUGGCAAAAAGUAAUCCCCAUCAUAAAACUAUUGAGGUGUACCAACGUUGAGAUCUGUACUUGCGUUGAGAGAUUUACGACAAACAUGGCUUCAGCUAUAGCAUAUGUCAAGAAUACAAUCGCCGAGAACUUUGGCGGAGUUGCCCCCAAAUUAGCCACACGCCAGUUCCGUCUGGAGGAGGUACCUGACCAAUCUGGGAAAGUUGCAGUGGUAACCGGUGGCAGUGAGGGCAUCGGAUAUGCUGUCACAUACACACUGGUCAAGAAUAAGAUCUCCAAGAUAUAUAUGCUGUCAUUAUCCGAAGAAAAAGCCAAGAACGCAGUGGACACCAUCGCCAAAGAUAUGGGUAGCGAGGCUGGAGAGAAGAUUGUUUGGAUGCACUGCGAUAUGAGUGACUGGAAGCGCGUCAAGGAAGUCGCCGAAAGCAUCAAGGAGUCAGAAGAUCGUCUUGACAUUCUUAUCAAUAACGCCGGCCGGGGUAUCAUGACCUGUCAGCUCACAGACUACGGAGUCGACCGCCACAUGGCCGUGAACCAUAUUGGUCACGUCGUUCUUACCACACAUCUGCUUCCGUUGAUGAAGCGCACAGCAAAUUCUGGCUCAAUGGUGAGAAUUGUGAAUAUGUCGAGCAAUCUGCACGAGAGUGUCCCAAGUGACCUCAAGUUCAAGUCGUUGGAUGACUUGAACCAAGACAUCGGCGCAAAAUAUCAAUAUGGCAGGUCUAAGCUAGCCGCUAUUCUCUACGCGCGGUAUUUCAAUCGAAAGGUAACAGCAGCCGGACAUCCCAACAUUUUGAUGAACGCAACACACCCGGGCAUUGUGAGCACGAAGCAGAGCACAAAUGACAUUCACGAACCUUAUCCUAUCGCCGGGUAUGGUAUGUCGGUCGGAAUGGAGCCUUUAAAAAAAAGCCCGUUUCAGGGCGCCGUCAGCAUGCUUUUUGCAGGCACGACCACAAGAGAAUCUGGUCAAUACAUUUGCCCUCCUGCGGUCCCAGAGUCGGGUAGCAGCCUGUCGCAAAGCGAGGAGUUGGCAGAUGAUCUAAUGGAUCUAACGAGGAAGGUGGUCAUGGCAAAAAAGCAAAUAAAUUUAGCCGACUAA